AUGGCGGUGUCGGGUCGUAGGAAAUGGGACGAUAAACAUUCAAUAUCUAAGCAAGGGAGACAACUUACAUUUCUUUGCCAGCCUUGUGAGUGUGACGGUGAUAAAAUAGAAGCGGAGGCAUUUUGUGAAACUUGUAAUGAGUUCAUUUGUUCUCCCUGUUUGAAAGCUCAUCGGAAAUUAGCUAUAAGUAAAAAUCACGUGAUCAAGUCGAAGAAUGAAAUGCCAAAAUCAAGAAAAAAGCAAAAAGGUCCUUGUACGGAGUUGUGUUCAGUUCAUCAUACUGAAAUAAUAAAGUUUUUUUGUGAAGACCAUCAUUCUGUUGGAUGCGGAGAUUGUAUGAUCCUGAGCCACAAGACGUGUUCUGUUAAACUCGUCAAUGAUGUCUCCGACAGCUACAAUACCAGCGAGGAACUCGUGCAAAUCAGGAAAAAUAUGGCAACCCUUCUGAGAAGAAUUUCAUCUUACCAAGGUAAUAUUUUAGAUGGCAUAAAAGCUACUGAUGAAAUGAGAGAAAAGAUAAUGAAAGAAAUUCACAUUUUCCGACAAGAGAUUAAUGAAUAUUUGGAUAACGCUGAGGCAGAUCUACUGAAACUAAUAGAUCAGCUGACAUCGAAACAAGUGUCUCAGCUUGGGCACAUGCAAAAAGAAUUUGAGUCUAUGAAAACUGAUAUGAGAGAAUGUAAAGACAAAAUAAUGUCACUUCAGACAAUAUUAAUCAAUUGUUUGUAA